AUGGAGCUCAGGGCUACUUCGUUCUCAUGGAAGUUUCACCACGAGGAUUGGGAUACGCCAUGGCAGUCCCAGUCCGGAGACUUCCCUGCCCAUGAAACUGAUCUUGAACACAUGAAUAGACAACGUCUCUUUAAGAUUCAGAGUUGGUUUAGACUUGCUAGUUGCGAAGCCACUCAGCUUUUGAGAGAGGAGUUCAACCGCUGGCCAUGGGGAUAUACCAUAUAUCGCACUGUGUAUACCCCGGAAUCCGACAUCCAGUGGGAGGCUGCUGCAGACGCAAUCCGAGCAAAUAUCUUUGCCACCCUCGAUUGGGCGUUACAACACGGACGGAGGCAAGAUAAGCAAGCACAUCGGCUCUUACGCGAUGGAUAUCGCAGCCUAGUGUUUAAGGACAAGGCCAAUCUUGAGGGCGCUAGCAUUGAUCAAGUUCGGGAGCAAUUCAAAGCGUUCGUCACUAGUGACCCGGGUGCUUUUGGUACUCGAUUUCGCUGGUGCCUAGUUAUCGAUGAGGAGGCCCUACAGUCGUUUAUCCGCCACCCUCAGCCUGCGGAGUUUUGUGAAUUGUUACAACCCGAUGGAAUUGAAAAGAAUGGUGCCUGGGUGACAGUAGUCGACCCUGUAUUUGAGUUAGACACGAAGCCUAGGCGCGGAAAGCGAUCUUAUCGGGGAUACAUGCGUUGUCAUCUAAACAGACUCGAAAGUCUUGCGUGGGCGGGAUGUGUAAAUCAUAUGUCGGAGAUAAUUCAUCAGGGACCGGAUGGUAUUCCCUGGUUUGAAGAUAACAUUUGA